AUGGCUGCUGAAGCCAGUUUUAUUGGCAUUGGCAUCUCGUCUGCUGCCUCUGACCCGCUGCCCAGGGACGAGUGUCGGGAGUUUCGGGAUCUGUUCAAGAGAGGGAAACUCACCUGCACCAGGGAGAACGACCCUGUCCGGGAUGCCUCUGGGAAGCAGCACAGCAAUAAGUGCAUCAUGUGUGCAGAGAAGUUCAAAAGGGAGAAUGAGCAGAAGUUAUCUAAAAACAGACAAGGAAAAGAUAAGGAUGACUGCAGCGAGUUCCGCUCCCAGUUUGAAGCCGGCGGCCGCCUGUCCUGCACCAGGGAGAACGCCCCUGUCCGGGAUGCCUCUGGCAGGCAGCACACCAACAAAUGCCUCAUGUGUGCUGAGAGGUUCAAAAAGGAAGCUCAAAGAGGGGGUGGAACUCUCCAGCGCAACAAACUGCCUGCUUCAGAGAGGACAAAGCAGAAGAACUGUGGUGGCUCAAGGCAGGGUGUAAAUGAGAGGCGUCCCUUCUCCUCGGGCAGAGGCCCUCAAGUGCAGCGUGGCAGGAACUGCAACCGGCCACCAGGCCGCAAGUCCCAGAGCAGAGACAGCCACGAGGACCCCACGGAGUAAUGGAGUUCAGACUGCCAGCAAACACCAGGGAUCAGCUGUGACCAAAGAGCAAGUAAAGGAAGCGUCGAUGUCGAGCAUCAGGGGAGCUGCUGAGCCCCCAGGACUGCCAGAGCUGCCUCCAUCCCCUUCUGCAGCACAGGGGGCCUGAGCUGCCUCCAUCCCCUUCUGCAGCACACGGGGCCUGUCCUUGCUCAGGUGGAGGGCAGGAGGCUGUGGGGACUCGGUGGUGCCUCCCAGGUGUGCCCCGUGCGUGUGCUGCCGUCCCUGCCGCCUCGCUGUGUCUAAACGUGCUUCUCCAAUAAACAUAACUCCUCAGCUUCAUGUCACUGUUCUUCACUCAGCCUCAGGGGGGGACACACCACUCCCUGCUCUGGCUUUGCACCACGUGCUCCUUAGGCAAUGAGCACCCUGAGGUGCAGCAGCUGCUGUAAAUACCUGGCGAAGAUGUUGGACCCAAGG